UAGGAAAAGAGGUUAUCCUUCUAGAAUUCCCUCUCUUUUUCUACAAAUGUUAUAUAUAUAUUAUUUUCCCAAUAACUCAUUGAUUAAUUGCAAGGGCUAAUUUUCAGGAAUCCAUGAAGAGGCUAAAAAAGGCAGUUUCUUUCAGGAAGUAAUGAAAAAACAAAUCACUAUAUGUGAAUGUGACAAGUAUUUUUGGGAGAAAAGGAAGGAAACUUUAUACACCAUAUUCCCUCUCUUCUGCAAACAGAAAAAUGCCUUCUCACUACAGCCAGCAGUCCAUAAUAGUCCUGGCUCUCUUUGGCAUUCUGGCUUCCAUCAUGGCUUCGCUUUCGGUCAUCCUAAUCUUCCAGAUUCAGACUGCAACUAAACAGGGGGAGUUCAGCGCUGGCCUGGGCGAAGGGGCUGGUAGGAUCUUACUGCCAGCUUCAGCAGUACUAGCUGCUCUGUGUCUUGCAGUGAACACUAGUUGCCUCCUGCUGUGUCUGCUCCAAUCAUAUUUCACUGCAGAGGUGUGCCGUGAGGACCCAGAAUCCAGCAGGUGCGACUGGUUCCUGUUAGAUAACCGGAGUAUUCGUCAAUCCGCUGUCUGCCUGUUCUGCCUUGGAAUUUCAUUAUAUUUAGCAGCGCUCUCCCUCUACAUGCUGAUCCUGUUUGAAAUUGAGACGGGAAUUGCCAGCUCCUGUAUACUCAGUUUGGGCUCUAUAUUUAUGAUCGUCACCGUAGCUCAAACUCUGCACAAAGCCUCCCAGGUCACCUGCCAGAAUCAUGACCAUGUACCAAGCACUCUCUAUGAAAAUGACUCUGCUCACGAGAGGGACCUUAAUGACUCUACACCCUCCUCCGAUCUCAACAAUGAUAAAGAUAUGUCACCAGUGCGCCCACGCCCUGAGAUCCAUCGUGAAUUUUCCUACCCUCCAUUUCUCCAGCAGCAGCAGAAACAGCAACUGCAACAACAACAACAGAAACUGCAGCCUCUUUCACAAUCAUUCAACAAUGCCCCAUGUGUGGUGAAACAGAGCGGAAGUAUGUGCAACAGCACCAGAGAUGAGCGCUAUAACAUCCCCAGAAUGCAACGGACUCUCUCUGUUGAAUCUGGGCUUAUGCAGCCAAACUCCAAGCCCUGGAAUGGAGUAAACCAGGAAAUGAGAACAAUGGUAUUAAGGAAACCAGGAGUGAUAGGGAAAGACUCUACACUAGUAUGAAUAUAUCAUGGCCCUACCAAAGUAUGUACAGAGACAUUUACAUUGUGUGUGCCCAUGUUCCCAAGACAUUAGUGUAGACAUGGGGGGUAUUUUUACCAAGACUGUUUUUUCAAAGCUGACAACUGUUAACAGCUUUAAGGGCUGGAUAUAAAAGGGGCAAUUGUAACACAUACAAAACAAGUCAGAUUUUGCUUGCAUUAAGAUUAUUAAUUGCCCUAUUAAACCCAGCCCCUCAAAGCCACACAUAAUGGGGGUUAUUCAGAGUUGUUAGCAAACCAAGUUAGCAAUUGGACAAAACCACGUUGCACGGCAGGUGGGGCAGAUGUAACGUGCAGAGAGAUUUAGAUGGGUUAUAUUGUUUCUGUGCAUGGUAAAUACUAGUUGCUUUAUUUUUACACUGUAAUUUAGAUUUCAGUUUGAACACACCCCACCCAAAUCUAACUCUUACUGCACAUGUUACAUCUGCUCCCCCUGCAGUGCAACAUGGUUUUGCCCAAUUGCUAACUUUUUUGGUAUGCUAACAACUCUGAAUAACCCCAAUAUACCCUUUGGCAGGUCUGGCCAACCUGUGACUCUCCAGCUGUUGUGAAACUACAAGUUCCAGCAUUCCUGGCCACAGUUUUGGUAUUUAGGGAAUGCUAAAACUGGGAUGUGCAGUUUCACAACAUCUGGAGAGCCAUUGGUUGGCCAGGCUUGCCUUAGGGUGUUAAUUUAGUAAAUAUGCUACAUAAAAACUGCACACAUGUAGCAUGUGCAACCAAAAAAACAAAACCUAUUUAUGAAGCUAAAGCUAUUCCAACAAUUCUAGUGUUUGUUUAAAUAAAUGAUCAAUAAGAUCAGUGGCAUAUUCCGCCAUUGGAGUUAUAAUCAACACUUUUGGAGAUUUACUUAUAAAAAGAGUUCAUGUUGGUGAAUACGCAAUUUUUUUUAUAGGAUGUAGAAACAAAGACUACAUUAGUUUACAGAAUUAUAAGUACAAUUACUUUAUUUUCAGUAGGUUUUACAAGUGGCAUAAAUACGUUAUUUAAUCUUGCAUAUUUGUAAAUGGCAGUAAAUUACUGUAUGUGGAACUCUGAUUUUACAUUUUAGUGAUAUUAAUUUUGCAGCCUCUGCCUGAGGUCAUGUGGCAAGCAGAAUUUAUAAAUUAAUUUCAGCAAUGUCUUUAUGAAACAUAAUACAUUCUAAAACAAUGGAUACAAAUUUGGGUGACACAUAUGACUACAGAGGGAAAAAAAAACCUUUACAAAUGGUAUUAUAAACAUGCCAUUUUUAGAGUUCAAAAAGUAAAACCACAUCUUCGAUGUAUAGAUUGUUACUUAUCCACUGUACACCCACAGACAACUGCCAAAACAAAGAGAAAAUAUAACAGAAGCUGUUCGAUGCCUGAACUCGUCUCCACCAGCCAUACCCCCAACUUAUUCCCUGUGGAGACCAUGGACCCCGAAAGAAAAAAAAUCUCAAUAAUAAAACAGUCCAUGUUACAGGACUAAGAAGAAUUCAGGGAACUGAUUUAGGCUCAAGGACUGCUAGAAAGAUUGAGUGGCAUCUGGUACUACACUAGACUGAACUCAGCCAUAGAAACUCCUGCAUUGCAUGAUCUAAAAUAAUUGUAUGUAUAUUUACCUGUAUACAGUCUUUGUUGUGCUGCCACUCCCUAUUAUCACACCAGGUUUAAUACCAGUCAUAAGUGCACACUUGCAUCAGCCGAUAGAAACAAAUACAAUGUUACGGCAGAUAAGAACCACUUGGCUCAUCUACUCUGCCUUUUCUUUUUUUUCAAACCUUUUGGGAACCUCUACCCCUAUUUGAUCCUACAUUCCUUGUAAGGAUAUCCUUAUACCUAUCUCAAGCAUAUUUAGAUUGCGCUACUGUUUUAGACCCUACCACUUCUGAUGGAGGCUAUACCACAUAACCCUUUCUGUUAAAUUUUUCCUUUGAACCUACCUCCAUCCAGUUUCAGCAAUGUCUCCCUCCUGUACCUUGUUAAAAACUUUAACAUAUUGAAUAUUUCUAUACAUGUCCCCCCUUUCCCCUUCUGUGCUCCAAAUUAAAUCCUUGGAUGAGGUCCUCUUCAGUCCAUAUAUAGUAUCCAUCAGUCUGAUCAAGAGCAAAUCGCAAGGGAGGAGAGUUUAGGUGCCAUUUGCACGGUUUCCAUGCUGGAACAACACUCACCCCACUUCAUGGCUAAUUAAAUUGACCCAUAAAUAUCACACUACUGUGAUCUCGACUGAAAGCUACCAAUUACAAGAACGUUUUUGAUUAUCAGCUGUGAAUGGUUUCUAAUUUGUUCUACAGCUUGCAGUUGGUUAUUUUUUUUAUUGUGUUACGUUUAUAAUACUACACUGUACUAUUAUACCACAAAGAAUUUCUAUUUUUACACAUAAAAGAGUUAGUCUACAGCACUACCUUUCUGUGUUGUUUUUCUGCUUAAAAUAUAUUUUCCUAGAUGAUGGGACUGUUAACAAGAAAAAGGAGCUUUUGUGGUAACAUAUUGAUCUCCCCAAAUUAGAGUAAGGUACUGGACAGAUGAACAUCUCUCUCGUAUGCCUACCUAAGAAUGCACAAUUACAACCCAGUUAUGCCUCUUUGGCGCAAUUGGAGAUGCCUUGGAAUGCAUACGACUGCUACACCCAUACUUGCAGAUGCUUGGUUCCAGGGCAAGUAUAAUGUGAAAUCACAAUAUGAGCUCCAUAAACAGGUAUUACUGUAUAUGAAAUGCUGCAUCAGGCCCUAGAUGUAGAAGAACUAGUCUUUAUAGCGUGUGUAUAUGCAGUAAUGUUUAACUGCAUUCCAGAUUGCUACCCAUCAACAUCACACAUGCAACUUAUGUGGGUACAGAAUGUUCAGCUUACUUUUUGCUUUAACUCUACUUUAGUGACUUUUGCUAAAAGCAAGCAUUGUAACAUUAUUCUGACACCUGGUCACUUCCACCUAAAGUAAAAGGAAGAUAUUGUCAUUCCAUUAUAAGGACAUGUCCACUUAACUGGCAUGGUCAGAUUUCAUGCAACUGCGCCGUCCCACCCUGUCCCCCAGUUUUUGACGAGGAGAUCAGUUCUGCAGAUGUGCAUAAUAUAAUGUUUAAAAAUUUCAAAAAAUACUUUCAACUUUAUUAAAUAAAAUAAAAAAAACAAUAUUGUUAAAGCUUUUGAAGGGAAAAAUCGCAGUUAAGUGGUUAAGUAAAUGCAAUGUAAACAAGAUUGUUCAUGAUAAUUCACCAAAUUAUUUUUAUAUUGUCCUCUCAUUGUUUUCCAAAUCAAGGAUAUAAAUAUAUGUGUGUACUGUAAUUUUAACCAUUGGUAAAACAAAAAUGUCACGAAUUAAUGCAUCAGGGGAAAA